CUCAGAGAGAGACAGCAUCAAUUCCCCCCCUUACCGAAGCUGUGGGAUUCGGGCAGAGAGUAAGUGAGGGAGAGAGAGAGAGAGAGCGCUCAGUCCGUGGUCACAUCCUCUCUCUCUCUCUCUCUCUCCGCUCCUGCUCCUGCAGCGAGGGACCGGGGCUCACCAUGGCCAGCCUGUACCAGAGCACCGAGUCCUCCUCUCCCAACAAAUACCUCACCUUAAAAGACGUGCGGGAAGUCAAAGAGGAAACGACCAUCGAUGAAAAGCUUUUCCUGCUAGCCUGCGAGAAAGGAGACAAUUACAUGGUCAAAAAGCUGCUUGGUGAGAAAUUCAGUGAGCUGAAUAUAAAUUGUGUGGAUGUGCUGGGGAGGAAUGCUGUUACCAUAGCAAUUGAAAAUGAGAAUCUGGAUAUCCUGCAGGUUCUCUUGGAACGUGGAUGUCAGACUACGGACGCACUGCUGGUGGCGAUUAGUUCUGAGGUUGUUGGGGCUGUUGAUAUUCUUCUCAAUCAUCGUCCCAGGCGAUCGUCUAAACCAACUAUAGCAAAAUUAAUGCAAAGAAUUCAGAAUCCCGAAUACUCCACUACAAUGGAUGUGGCUCCUGUCAUCCUUGCUGCUCAUCGCAAUAACUAUGAGAUCCUGACCAUGUUGCUCAAACAGGACCUGUCACUGCCAAGACCACAUGCAGUAGGAUGUGAAUGCACACUGUGUAAUGCAAAGAACAAGAAGGAUAGCCUGCGCCAUUCUAGGUUCCGUCUUGACAUCUAUCGCUGCCUGUCUAGUCCAUCGCUGAUAAUGCUCACAGAGGAGGAUCCUAUCCUAAGGGCCUUUGAACUCAGUGCAGACCUGAAGGAACUGAGUCUUGUGGAGGUGGAAUUUAGGAAUGACUACGAAGAACUAGCACAGCAGUGUAAGACCUUUGCAAAAGAUCUCCUGGCGCAGGCCCGGAAUUCCCGUGAACUGGAGGUUAUCUUAAAUCACACGUCUAGUGAUGAACCGAUUGAUAAGAGAGGAUUGCUUGAGGAGAGGAUGAACCUAAGUCGACUUAAACUAGCGAUUAAGUACAACCAAAAGGAGUUUGUGGCUCAGUCCAAUUGCCAGCAGUUUCUGAACACAGUCUGGUUCGGCCAGAUGGCAGGCUAUAGACGGAAGCACACCUGUAAGAAGAUUCUGACUGUUCUGUCAGUUGCCACCCUGUGGCCAGUGUUGUCCCUUUGUUACCUACUAGCACCAAAGUCUCGAGUAGGACGAGUCAUUCACACUCCUUUUAUGAAAUUCAUAAUUCACAGUGCAUCAUAUUUCACUUUUCUACUGUUACUGAACUUGUACUCACUGGUGUACAAUGAAGACAAAAAAAACACGAUGGGCCCAGCGCUAGAGAUGAUCGACUACCUCCUGAUUAUAUGGAUAAUUGGAAUGGUGUGGUCAGAUGUGAAGAGACUGUGGUAUGAUGGACUUGAAGAUUUUAUGGAGGAAUCUCGAAAUCAACUCAGUUUUGUCAUGAACUCCUUGUAUUUAGCAACAUUUGCUCUCAAAGUUGUGGCUCAUAAUAAGUUUCAUGCAAUUGGAGACAGGAAGGAUUGGGAUGCUUUCCACCCCACUUUAGUGGCAGAGGGUCUGUUUGCUUUCGGCAACAUUCUCAGUUACCUACGGCUUUUCUUUGUGUACACGACUAGUUCCAUCCUGGGACCAUUGCAGAUUUCCAUGGGACAGAUGCUACAAGAUUUUGGGAAGUUCUUGGGAAUGUUUCUGCUUGUCCUGAUCUCUUUCACCAUUGGCCUUACUCAAUUGUAUGAUAAGGAGUUUUCGACAUUGGAAGGCAAGGACUGUUUGGGAAUCUCCUGCAAUCUGCCGAGCAAUGGCACCUUCCAUUCGUUUUUUGGGACUUGCUAUGCCUUGUUCUGGUACAUUUUCUCCCUGGCGCACAUGGCACUGUUUGUCACAAGGCUCAGUUACAUUGACAAUCUACAGUCUUUUGUUGGAGCACUAAUCAUUGGCACAUAUAACGUGGUGGUUGUGAUUGUCCUGACUAAACUACUGGUAGCCAUGUUACAUAAAAGCUUCCAGAUGAUAGCUAACCAUGAAGACAAGGAGUGGAAGUUUGCCCGUGCAAAGCUGUGGCUGAGCUAUUUUGAUGACAAAUGCACUUUACCCCCACCAUUUAAUAUCAUCCCUUCCCCCAAAACCAUUUGCUAUCUCUUCACGAGUCUCAAUAAAUGGAUCUGCUCUCAUACCAGUACUGGGAAGGUGAAACGUCAAAACAGCCUCAAAGAAUGGAAGACCCUCAAGCAUAAGCGAGAUCAAAAUUACCAAAAGGUAAUGUGUUGUUUGGUCCAUCGUUACCUUACUGCUAUGAGACAGAAGAUGCAUAGCACAGACCAGGCGACUGAAGAGAAUCUGAAUGAACUGCGCCAAGACCUCUCCAAAUUCCGCAAUGAAAUGAGAGACCUGCUUGGUUUCAGGACAGCAAAAUAUGCCAUGUUCUAUUCAAGGAACUGAAAAGCAUUCCAGGUUUUAUGGGACUACUUCCAUUGAAGUUUUGCUGAGAUAUAUAUGUGUUACAAUCAUAUUCUAAGUAUCACAUUUAGUGAAAGGGUUUCUUUGUCAUCAUCCAAUACUUGUCAAAUACUUAUUAUUUAAUCAAGAUUCUGUUUAAUGCAGUCUAUUUUUGGAAAUUCCGGAGCAGAAAUAUGCAGUUACAAUAUCUCUGCAGUUUCUAAUUUGUUGGAAUACUGCAACACAAAUAAUUGUGAAGAAUAUAUGAUUAAUAGAUACAGCCAUUUUUGUCAUUUAGGAAAAUGUUUCUAGUAUUUAUUUCCCUUAAAGAAACUUUGAAUUCUUGACUCUACUUUUUGAUUCAUCGGUAGUUAGACUGGACAUUCCAAGAAAUGCUUCAGUAACCCACAGGGCAGAUCGAAGAUAUGGGGGAUGAAAACAUGCAUUGUAUUGGUCAUGAACACAUUAACAAGUUCUUGACUUCUUAUGUAAGCUAUUUUAACAAAGUCAUCAGCUCAUUUGACAUAAACACGUUAACAUUUUUAUUGAAAUUGCAAAAAAAUUUCAAAUGAAUGUUUGGAAGCUUUCAAUAAAAAUCAAGCACCAAG